ACUAAAAAACAGAAGUUCUGCACAUAUUCUCUUUAAAAUAACAGAUAUAGAGUUAAAAAUAUCUCCACAACUUUCAGACAGAAAUGUAAUAACAGAGUUAAUAUGAAUAACGUUGAGCUUGGAUGUAUUUUAUUACAAAUAAUUUAAAAUAUUAUUCUUUUUUCCUCCAUGUCUCACAGCGGUAAUGAACUCCUGACUGUGUGGCUUUCAGUGUCUGCAGCUCUUGCGCUGCUGUUGGUUCUGGCUGUUGUUUUCAUCUGGAUUUGGAGACGGAGACCAAAGCAAGAUGACCAGAAAACCAGACAGAGAAACAACAGCAGCACCACUAACCCAAUCUACUCUAACACCGAAGAUCCUGUGAUAUACAGCACUAUAAAUGAUGAAACUCCAAAUAAUGUCAACAAUGAGAUAACUUACAGUACUAUUGAAAACAUUCCUGGGAGUGAAGCAUCUCCAGCAGGGGGCCUUUACAGCACUGUGGCACCACACUGAGAAAAACACACAACAGACUCUAAAGACCAACAUCAGAGGACUGUCAUCAGCGUUAAAGGGCACCUAUUUGUACCCCUUUUCAAGAUGUAAGAUAAGUCUUUUGUGUCUCCAGAAUGUGUCUGUAAAGUUUCAGCUCAAAACACCCAUCAGAUUAUUUGUUAUACCUUUUAGAAUGUUGGAAUUUUCAGCUCUGAGCAUCCUGUUGCUGUUUUUGUUGCCUUGUUUGUUCAUCUUCCACCAGUCAAAAACAUUCAUUUCAUCUUCCCUGUCAGCUCGCUGUUCAUUACUGUUUAGUGCU